AUGGAUAUCAUUGAUCUAAGUAUCACGAAUGAGAGCGCGAUUGUUGAUGAGCUGGCAGCGCUCGACGUUUCUGGCCAGGAGAUCUUUGAAUGUACUGGAAUCCAAGAAGUGGAUGAUGCUGUGGCGCCACAAGAGGUGAUUACGAGGCAGUUUUCAGGGCUAAACGAUGUCACUAAUGAUCGCACGCCUCCUGUUGGUCAUACCAAGAAGCAGGUCGAGGGAUCAGGCCAUAGCGGACUGGCGAGACACAUGGUGAUCUCCAACAUGCCCCAGGUUAGGGCAGCAGCUCCAGAGAGUGUAGAAGAGAGGCUGGAGCGCAUCGGUAGAGAGCUGCAGGAGCUCUCAGACCUGGAAUGCCGGAAACUGGGGCCCAGAAAUAGCGAAGAGUUGGAAAGGACAAGAAACCUGCAUCUCAAACUGACCAAGAUGUCAACCGAACGGCUCAAGGAAAUGAAGCGAAGCCUUUUUGAGGAGCAGGAAGCUGUCAAUGAGCCGCUCGACGUUACUCUACCUCGCGUCAGGUUCGACGCUGGUGACAUGCAGAAAUUACUGGAAUUAGAGGGGAAACUGACCCAGUUGGAAAGGGUUGUCGGGCCUGUGGCAUCGCUGAGGAAGCCUCUUGUGACCCAAUUAGAGGACCUUAGAUCGCGGUCCGCGCUUCUUGGCCGUGACAGCGAACUGCUCAACAAGUUCCACGAGCGGCUCCAUGAGAUCGAAGAGGAUUACGAGAACUCUCUGCUGGGACGGAAGUCAAGGAAUGCCCCGUCGCUCUAUCAAGAUACAAAGAGCAAGAUGUUUUCUUACGAGUCCAGAAUCAAUGAUCUGCAUCGCUUCAACGAUACACUGCAGGUUUAUGGCCCUAUACUCCCGCAGCUGGCGGACAGGGUGAGGCAGUUAUCUGGCAUUGAAGGCAAGUUAUCCGAGUGCGUCGGUGUCGCUAAGGCGAUUGACACCUGUAUCGCAGAACUGCAAGAACUGGCAAUGAAAUGGGAGCGGACCAACAACAGGUUGGAGCAAAAGCUCAGCGCGCAGGAAAUCGAGCUGGCGCACAACAGACAACGUUUUGACGAGCUUGUGGCGAAUUUGGAGGCCAAAUUGAAGCCUUCCAGAGACCUUUAG